ACUCGCUGCAUAUCAGAGGCUCCGCGCUGCGCGCUCCUCCUCGCUCCAGCUCCCCACUCCCGGGAUGUGUCUCCGCCGUACGACGGGCUAUGGCCACCACGACUUCCGGGUUCCGUCAUUUCGUUCUCCCGCCGCCGACCCGCGCCGCCAAACUGAGGCUCUACUAUAAGCCGGGCUGCAGCCAACCUGCCAACACCUACUGACACUCACUCAUCUCUCAGAGAGUGAGAGAGAGAGAGAGAAAGAGAGCGCGAGAGAACGAGCGAGAGAGCGAGCGCGAGUGAGAGCGAGCGAGAAAGAGAGAGAGGGAGAGACAAAAUACCUACCAGAAAAGGGGGGGGGGAGGAAGUCCAAUUUUUGCAAACUAUUCAUUUUUUCUUGAUUUUUCUCCUUGCUUUCUUUGAACAAUACUUUAAAGAGAGAGGACCGUAUUAGAGCUAUUUGGGGGGCAAAGCUAAAGGAGGGGGGAGGGGGGAGGAAAAAAUUCAAGAAAAAGAAACCCCUCGCGGAGUUUUACUGGAAGAAAAAAAAAACGAGUCUGAAAGAUUGCUCCUCUUCAUCAUCAUCAACCAUCAUUCAUUCACUACCUUGACAUUCCGGGCUUUGAUUGACAGCUGGAGUGGCAAAAAGCCAUGAAACUCGACAGUUCGGUUACAUGUGGGUUGCUGACUGGCCGCUCGUAACCUUCAGUUCGGGGGUUUGACAAUUUUUUUUUCUUCUUUUUCUUUUUCUUUUCUUUCUUUUUUUUUCCAACUGAGAGGAAGAGAAGAGAAAAAGGGAUAAAGGAGGACCGAAGAGGAGGAGGAGGGGAGGGGGAGGAGGAGGUGGAGGAGGAGGAGGAAGAUCAGGAGGAGGAGGAAGAAGAAAAAAAAAAGAGAAAAAGAAGAAAUAUUGAAAAAAAAAUCUUCGUUUUCUUGACUGGGCUUCCCCCACCCCCCUAAAAUAACAUUGGAAAAUUGGGAGAAGUCUCCUUGGUUUGGAAAAAAAAAAGACUCUUCAGCCUAGCUCACUUUCUUAUCCGGACUGGGAUAUUAAAUAUACGACACAUCCAGGAGUUUAUUGGAGCGCAGACUGAUGGCGCAAAGGUACGAUGAGCUGCCCCAUUACGGCGGGAUGGACGGAGUAGGGGUUCCCGCUUCCAUGUACGGAGACCCUCACGCGCCGCGGCCGAUCCCCCCGGUUCACCACCUAAACCACGGGCCGCCUCUCCACGCCACGCAGCACUACGGCGCGCAUGCCCCGCACCCCAAUGUCAUGCCAGCCAGCAUGGGAUCUGCUGUCAACGACGCCUUGAAAAGAGACAAGGACGCGAUCUACGGGCACCCGUUGUUUCCUCUGUUAGCACUGGUCUUUGAGAAGUGCGAGCUAGCGACCUGCACUCCCCGGGAACCCGGAGUGGCCGGCGGAGACGUCUGUUCCUCCGACUCCUUCAACGAGGACAUCGCGGUCUUCGCCAAGCAGGUUCGCGCUGAAAAGCCUCUUUUUUCCUCAAACCCAGAGCUGGAUAAUUUGAUGAUCCAAGCAAUACAAGUACUAAGGUUUCAUCUUCUGGAGUUAGAGAAGGUGCACGAACUGUGUGAUAACUUCUGCCACCGGUACAUUAGCUGUUUGAAGGGGAAGAUGCCCAUUGACCUCGUGAUUGACGAGCGAGAUGGAAGCUCCAAGUCAGAUCAUGAAGAGCUUUCAGGCUCCUCCACAAAUCUCGCCGACCACAACCCUUCAUCCUGGCGAGACCAUGAUGAUGCAACCUCAACUCACUCAGCAGGCACCCCGGGACCCUCCAGUGGGGGCCAUGCUUCCCAGAGUGGAGACAACAGCAGUGAGCAAGGUGAUGGCUUAGACAACAGUGUCGCCUCACCUGGCACAGGUGACGAUGACGAUCCAGACAAGGACAAAAAACGCCAGAAGAAAAGAGGCAUAUUCCCCAAAGUCGCGACAAACAUCAUGAGAGCGUGGCUCUUCCAGCAUCUCACACACCCGUACCCUUCCGAAGAGCAGAAGAAACAGUUAGCGCAAGACACAGGACUGACAAUUCUCCAAGUAAACAACUGGUUUAUCAAUGCCAGGAGAAGGAUAGUACAGCCCAUGAUUGACCAGUCAAAUCGAGCAGGUUUUCUUCUUGAUCCUUCAGUGAGCCAAGGAGCAGCGUAUAGUCCAGAGGGUCAGCCUAUGGGCAGCUUUGUGUUGGACGGUCAACAACACAUGGGGAUACGGCCUGCAGGUUUGCAGAGCAUGCCGGGGGACUACGUUUCUCAGGGUGGUCCGAUGGGAAUGAGUAUGGCACAGCCAAGUUACACUCCUCCCCAGAUGACCCCACACCCUACUCAGUUAAGACAUGGACCCCCAAUGCAUUCGUAUUUGCCAAGCCAUCCCCACCACCCAGCCAUGAUGAUGCACGGAGGACCCCCUACCCACCCUGGAAUGACUAUGUCAGCACAGAGCCCCACAAUGUUAAAUUCUGUAGAUCCCAGUGUUGGCGGACAGGUUAUGGACAUCCAUGCCCAAUAGUAUAAGGGAACUCAAGGAAAAAGGAAACACACGCAAAAACUAUUUUAAGACUCUCUGAACUUUGACCAGAUGUGACACUUAAUAUGAAACUCCAGACAGCUGUGAUUAUUUUUUACUUUUGUCAUUUUUCAUCAAGCAACAGAGGACCAAUGGGACAAGAACACAAAUGUGAAGUGAUGGGCUCAUUGAGACAAUUUUGUCCAUGCAGAGAUCCUCUGGAGAAAGACUCCGAGAGUUAUAACUACUGUAGCAUAAACAUAGGACUAAGUUAAACUUGUACAUUUCUGUUGAUCACUCCGUUACGUUGCCUCAAAUAGUUUUAGAAGAGAAAAAAAAUAUAUAUCCUUGUUUUCCACACUAUGUGUGUUGUUCCCAAAAGAAUGACUGUCUUGGUUCAUCAGUGAAUUCACUAUCCAGGAGAGACUGUGGUAUAUUUUAAACCUGUUGGGCCAAUGAGAAAAGAACCAUGCUGGGGAGCGCGAUGGACAGUUGGCUGAACCUCAACACUCUGACUCCAGCGGCUAGAAUGUGUUUUCAUGCCCAGCCUUUGUUCCCCCAUCAAUGUGUCCUUUAGUUUCAAACAGAUCUUUAUAGUUUGUGCUUCAUAAGCCAAUCCUUAUUAUGAUUUUGGGGGACUGUUCUUCCAAGAGCUUGCCAAUGAAGAUUUAGAGACAGAGCGAAGGCUUCUUCAAGUUCCGAGCCUUGGCUGUGGACAAAACAAUCUUAAGUUGGGCAGCUUUCCUCAACACACAAAAAAAGUUAUUCAUGGUCAUUGCACCAGAAGUAGGAUUCUAUGAGGAACUCAAAGCUUGGGGGAUAAAAAGGAGCAAGAGAAUACUGUAACAAACUUCGUACAGAGUUCGGUCUUUUAAUUGUUUCAUGUUAGAUAUUCUAUGUGUUUACCUCAAUUGAAAAAAAAAGAAUGUUUUUGCUAGUAUCAGAUCUGCUGUGGAAUUGGUAUUGUAUGUCCAUGGGAUCCUCUUUUCUCAGCACGUGUUCCUCACUAGAAGAAAAUGCUGUUACCUUUAAGCUUUGUCAAAUUUACAUUAAAAUACUUGUAUGAGGACUGUGACGUUAUGUUAAAAAAAAGGUGUUAAGUCACAAAAUGCGGUAAUAAAUAUUUCAUUUUUGAUUUUU